AUGAGUCUUACAAACAAUGCGGAGCAUCGAGGGGAGAUAUUGGGUUUGCAAAAGAGCCAACAGCGCGGGAAAGAGGAUAAAGUGAGCGUUCUUGUCGCGAAUCUGGAGCAGAUCGAAACGGAUUUUGCUGCUCGAGCGCUACUGGAUCGGGUUGAUCCAAAUUAUGUUGUUUGGUUGGCGGGCACUGGAUGCAGAGGCAGGCGAACCAUCGAUAGCGAAAAACUCAAACGCUCCGUCAAGCAGAUGAUAGUAGCCUCGAUUUCUUUGCCCAAGGUCUCCAAAUUUCUAAUGGCCUCCUACCUAAGUAACCGGCGCAAGAAACGGGACGCACCAAUAACCGAUGAGCAGUGGGAUAGCAUAGCGAAUGCGAACGAGAACGAGAUCCCGAUCUACACAUACGAUCUGGAGGCGGAGGAGUUUCUCAACUCGAUGGCCGCAUGGCGUAGGCGGCAAACCCACCUGCCACGCGGGUUUCAGUCUCUACAGGUGACGACAAGCAGCUUGUCAGACGCGCAGGGAACGGGGUCCAUGGCACUGCAUUCAGAAACAGUGGAUAUGGAGGGAGUGAAGGAAGAGGUGUCGAGACAGGACGUCGCGGAGGUGAUUACUAACCGUUCCGGGCGGCUCCCCCACCGGGCCGGUGCAGGGCGAGCUGCGUCACCGGAACGAAUUGCGCUGAGCUUCCCGGUCAAACUGCCGCCACUGCUUAUACACACAUACAUACAUAGUCACGGCGAUGGGUUGAAUCAACGAAGCAUCCUUUAUUCUUUCACCACCUGCCUUUUGCAUCUCUACACCAUGCGUCUUGCCACGACUUCGUCAAUGCGGCCGGCGCGCCUUCUCAGCCUGAGGCCGUCUGGCGUGCGGGGCAUUGGGAGCUAUGCCAACUUCAAAAUCCCAGCCAUCAACAACGAACCCAACUGGUCUCAACAGAAACACUACGCCCCUGGUUCUCCGGAACGCAAAGGGCUGGAAGCAGCUCUCGCCGAAGUGAAGGAGUCUAGAGUGAGAAAUAUUCCGUUAUUGAUUGGGGGACAAGAGAUUACAACAACUAAGCUUGUAGAGCAACUCAACCCCGCGUCACACAAGCCAGUGGCCUACUACUCCAAUGCGUCGAAGGCCAACGUCGAAGCUGCCAUUGAGGCUGCGCUCGCCGCACGCGGUGACUGGGCUGCCACGCCAUGGGCAGACCGCGCUAGCAUCUUUCUCAAGGCCGCCGACCUUAUUGCUACCAAGUAUCGCUAUGAGGUCAUGGCGCUGACGAUGGCCGGUCAAGGCAAGAAUGCUUGGCAGGCCGAGAUAGACUCGGCUGCUGAACUUUGCGAUUUCUUCAGGUUCGGUGUAAAAUAUGCCGAGGAGGUAUACUCACAGCAGCCGGCCCAUAACGCAUCUGGCGUUUGGAACCGUCUUGAGUACCGUCCCCUCGAAGGUUUUGUCUACGCUAUUAGCCCGUUCAAUUUCACGGCCAUCGGAGGAAACCUUGCUGGCAUACCAGCUCUGAUGGGCAAUGUUGUUGUGUGGAAGCCUUCGCCAUCUGCCAUUGCGUCGAACCACCUUGUGCACCAGAUUCUCCUGGAAGCCGGUCUUCCAAAGAACGUUAUUCAAUUUGUACCUGGCGAUGCCGAAGAAGUGACCGGUGCUGUGCUUGACCACCCCGAAUUUGCGGCCCUUCACUUCACUGGCAGCACAUCGGUUUUCCGUAUGCUCUAUGGCAAGAUUGCUAGCGGAGUUGCAGAGGGCAAGUACAAGGGCUACCCACGUAUUGUGGGAGAGACGGGAGGCAAGAAUUUCCACCUGGUGCAUGAGAGUGCAGAUGUUCGAAAUGCAGCCGUACAGACCGUUCGAGGUGCUUUCGAGUUUCAGGGUCAGAAGUGCAGUGCCACAUCCCGAGCUUACGUUGCAUCUUCCAUUGCAGACGACUUUAUCAAGCAGGCCGUUGACGAAGUGAAGAAGCUCAAAGUGGGCGAUCCAGCAGACUUUACCAACUUCUGCGGCCCUGUUAUCCACGAGGCAUCUUUUUCCAAACUCACCAAGGUGAUUGACGAGGCGAAAAACGACUCGGAGCUCGAGCUUUUGGUGGGGGGAACAUACGAUUCGUCGGAGGGCUGGUUUAUUCAACCCACCGUAUACCUGACCAAGAACGCGAACCAUCCCCUACUAUCGCGUGAACUUUUCGGACCCAUCUUGGUUGUACAUGCCUAUGACGAUACAUCAUCCUCUGCACUUGCGGAUAUCUGCACGACAAUCGAAAAGACCAGCGAGUACGGACUCACAGGAUCAGUGUUUGCGCAGGACCGCAAUGCGAUUCGCUUUGCGGAAGAUGCUCUGCGUAACGCAGCGGGCAACUUCUAUAUCAAUUGCAAGAGUACCGGUGCCGUUGUCGGACAGCAGCCGUUUGGAGGAGCGCGUGCCAGUGGUACCAAUGACAAGGCCGGUAGUGCUAACCUGCUCUCAAGAUUCGUGAGCUUGCGAUCUAUCAAGGAAGAGUUUACGCCUACGUAUCAGGUCGCAUACCCAAGUAACUCUUAG